CUGGGAGCUUCCGAGGUCCCGGGCGGGGAAGGUACCUCCUAGUGGCGCCCCCGCGUGACUGCGCUUUACAUAAUCGAGGCCGCGCGCGUCAUAAGUGGCGUACUCCAGUUCAGGCCGAAUCAGAAUUGUCCCAAGCUCCGUGUUCUGCCUCUUUGUGCUUGAUGGACGUCGAAAUGAACCAGUGAAGGGGCGACCAGCGCCGUCGCGCCCGCCUAGAUCCGCCCGCACUCGCCGGCCCGCCCGCCUGCCGCAGCCCGCAGCCUGCUGCUGCCGCCGCCGCUGCCGCCGCCGCCGCCGCCAGCUUGUCCCUUAGACUGUCAGAUAAAGCGGUGGGCCGGUCGGCUGGGCGGUGAGCGCGGCCCGGGCCGGACAUGGCGGCGCUCUACGCCUGCACCAAGUGCCACCAGCGCUUCCCCUUCGAGGCGCUGUCUCAGGGGCAGCAGCUGUGCAAGGAAUGUCGGAUUGCACACCCUGUUGUGAAGUGCACCUACUGUAGGACUGAGUACCAGCAGGAGAGUAAAACCAAUACAAUAUGCAAGAAGUGUGCACAGAAUGUGCAGUUAUAUGGAACACCCAAACCUUGUCAGUAUUGCAACAUAAUUGCAGCAUUUAUCGGCAACAAAUGCCAGCGCUGCACAAAUUCAGAGAAGAAGUAUGGACCACCCUAUUCAUGUGAACAGUGUAAGCAGCAAUGUGCAUUUGACAGGAAGGAUGAUCGAAAGAAGGUAGAUGGGAAAUUGCUGUGCUGGCUGUGCACACUGUCCUACAAACGGGUCCUUCAGAAGACCAAAGAGCAGAGGAAACACCUGAGCAGCUCUUCCCGUGCCAGCCACCAAGAGAAGGAACAGUAUAGUCGACUGAGUGGUGGCAGCCAUUAUAACAGCCAGAAAACACUUUCUACAUCUUCAAUUCAAAAUGAAAUCCCAAAGAAAAAAUCCAAGUUUGAAUCAAUCACAACCAACGGAGACAGCUUUUCCCCAGACCUGGCCCUGGACUCACCAGGCACUGACCACUUUGUCAUCAUCGCCCAACUGAAGGAAGAAGUGGCCACUCUGAAGAAGAUGCUGCAUCAAAAGGAUCAAAUGAUUUUAGAGAAAGAGAAGAAGAUCACAGAGUUGAAGGCUGAUUUUCAAUACCAAGAAUCUCAGAUGAGAGCCAAAAUGAACCAGAUGGAGAAGACCCACAAAGAAGUCACAGAGCAGUUACAGGCCAAAAACCGAGAGCUCCUGAAGCAGGCAGCUGCCUUGUCCAAGAGCAAGAAGUCUGAGAAGUCAGGAGCUAUCACCUCUCCGUGAGAGACCAUAAGGAGGCUCCCAGCCAACAGCGAAGGGGUUCCUGGGUGAGGGUUGGUGACCUGGCUGUUCUCUGUGAAUUGCAAGCUUUCUUAAGAAAUCUCUAUUUUAUUACAGUUAUCCUUCUUUGUGGGAUUGUGGUGGGCUGAAUGGAAACACCUGGUUUAUGCUGUGUCAUGACUGCAUGCUUGGAUGUUUGGGGUUCCAAGCUCUCUGUCUCAUACUCUCACUCCCCCCAACCCCACCCCGAGUACUACUCUCUGUCUCUCUCUCUCUUUUGGCACUACUCUGUGUGUGUGUGUGUGUGUGUGUGUGUGUGUGUGUGUGUGUGUGGCAGUCACUGUUCAGUGUUAUGUGCAGAAUUUUUUUUUUUUUUUUUUUUUUUUUUUGGUCCAUCACAUCCUGCCAUACCCAUGAGCAAAUAGUUUGGCAUUAAUUACAUACAUAUCACUGCCACCCUCUGAACUUUGAAAACUGCCACCUUAAGACUUGGUACAACGGAAGAGGCUUUCUCUCUCCAAUAAACCUUUUGCUUCAGGGUAUACUCUUGGGUUUUUUUCCAGGUAUAUUAUGUAUGACUUUGUACUAUGUAUAGCCAGAGUUUUAUUUAUUUUUUAAAAAAAAGAAACUUUUUCUUGAUAAAGGAAUAAUGGUAGCCUAGCUUGUUCUUGUAAAAGUGAAGCCUCUUAAAAAGAAAAAAAAAAAGCCCUUCUCUCUACCUUUUAGUAAAGGAAUAAGACCUUUUCUUGUUACCUUGGAGUCUUAAAAACUGAUUGCUACGGUGCAACAAUUCAGUGCAUCAGUGUGGAGUUAAGUGCCUUUUGGAGGAAUUCUUGGAAGAGCAUUUAAGGAGAUGCUUAGGGGAGGUAGCAAAGAUUUGAACAGUCUGUCUUUUUAAGUAAGGGCAGAAAGAAAGGUUGUCCAGGUUUUACUGGACGUUUCCCUCCCCUACCCCUUUCUAGAUUGUUUUAUGUGACUGAUUUUAAAUUCUCACACUGCCACUUCUUUUUAAAGAAAAAAAAUACCCUUUACUUAUAUCGGUCAUUACAUUGGGCCAUUGUCAGAGAGCUUUUUUUUUUUUUUUAAUGAGCAGAUUCAAAAUGGAUAAUAUUUGAACUACAGAGCAUUUUGGGGGUUAGUACGAGCUGCUCAAGUGUGGACUCUGAGUCUGAGUGGGAGAAAUGUUGUCACUGUACCUUCUCCCCCUUCCUCCUCAUCCAUCCCAGCCUGCACACUCCCUGCUUUUAGUGGGAAAAGGGCGUUUCUUGAAGACAGGUGCUUGUCAGAAGCAGCUUGGCCUCAGCCAGAAUUGUUUGUGUCCGCCUUUCCCUUCCUGACUGAGCAGGCACAUGGGUUUACUUUUCCGGGAGAGGAGAUAGAUUUGCACUUCUCGCCAUUCUCUCAGGUCCUCCAUGGGAUGUUUGUGAAAGAAAUGAGAGGUGUGUGAUGUGCCGUGAAACACAGUAAAAUCAACUACCUUGGAAUCAUUAAUGCAGAGGGGUCCUGAGGCUCAAGGUAACCAUGAGGACAGAUGAACUUUGUACCUCAGUGCACCAAAAUUGUAAGCAGUCAGUUUAACUUGCUAGGCAUUUCCUAAAAGCCAGUGCUUGUAAUCUGUGAUAACAUUCUCACAAGUGGAGCCAUGCACAGAAUUGGACAGAAAUGUGGAAUUGGGUGGCUUCUUUCUGAUAAAAGAAACAAUGGACCACGUUGCUCAUCUAUCACUCUAGUAGGGGAGGUCAUUUUCCCUUCCAAGCAAGGGAGACGACAGUGCUAAACACUUUUGUAACUUUUUGAAUGAGAAACUUUUAGGUAAAGAUAAACUGUCAGAUAAUAUUUUUCAGAUGCAUUUACGUUUGACUCUGGGGAAAAGAUUAUGAAAAAAAGUUACAGUCAUGGUUUGGGUUUUUUUUUUUUUUUUUUAAUUUGGAAGACUUGAGAAUUUCUGUUUCAUGAAGUGACAAUAUAAAAACACAUACUUAGUUUUAUACUAAAUCUUUUUUUAAGGUGUUGGCAUUUAAUACAAAGCAGAUUCACACAUUUUCUAACUUUCCACAAGUUCCAAAAAGUGAAGGAAGAAACCUCAGUCUUGAAGUUUUGGUUUUUAAAAAUCAUGACACUGUUUUACCAUGAAAUUGAGUAGCUAACUUUUGGUAACACCUUUUGUUUAUUUGUAUGUUUGUAUAAUGGACACUUUGAAACACAGGAAUGUUUUGGUUUGUACAAACUUUGAAAAAUGUGUGUUAAUAAAAAUUCAAAUUGA